CUUUUAAUUAGAUUGAUAACACAUAUCUCAAUUAAUCGUACCUACCUUCUUCAUCCCCAAAAUAUUCGUCUUACCUCCUUCAUCCGAGUUACAAUAUAGUUUCAAGUUUUGGUUUUCUUUGAUUCUCCGAUGAUUUGCAAGAAUCUUUAAGCUGGAAUUGGGGGAUCCAUCUACAUCAGUUUACUUCACAUUACCUAUCAAUAACCCUGUGUUUUUUGCGAUUCGAUGAUAUGCGAUGCGAUGUGAAGCUUGAACAUUGGGAUUCUUCAAGAUUACUUGCAUAUUGUCGUUGAAGAUUGUCGAUAUAACAGUUUAUGGAGGUCGAAUUUGAAGGAGUGUAUGCAGUCGGGAAUCGCACAAGAGGACGCAUGAAGAGUGAGUGUAUCAAAAACACAUACUCACUAAUGAAAUACAAGAAUGAUCCCUCAAACCCAAUAAUAAUAGAUAUCGAUGUAGAUGCAUAUGAUUCUAUCAGGAUUACCCCCAUACCAACCAUUGCUAAAGUUGGAGUUAUGACUCAAAGGUCAAAAUCUAAACUUGUUUCAACUGUCAAACCAAUUCACAAAGAAGGUCAACAUUCCGAACAUAGUGUUUCUGUUGAAGUGCUUCAUGAAAUUCGUUCAAAGCAGAAAUUUGAUCCCGAUUCCAAUCCCUAUUCCCCAGUGCAUGGUUAUACAAAAUCAGUUAUUAGAAAAAUGUUGUUUACGUCUAAAGAGAAACAACAACCAUCACAUGAUGAAUCAGAUUUUGAAGACCCAAACCCAUUCAUCAGCCAAAAUAAGAGGAAAUCACCUCCACUUGUAACAGCCAAAGUUGUGCAACAUCAGGAAAAGAAAGCUAGAGUAGAUGUGGCCAACCCUCAAGCAAUUAAGGCAAAAGUUAAGUCAAGAAACUGGAGAACAGAAAAUCAAAGAAGGGAGUUCAUGUGGAGCAUGGGCACAUGUGAUGUAUCAAUGCUUUCAAGGGUUUCAGAGGAUUUAGAUUUAAGCGACAUAGAUUGGUGUUCAUACGUCUUAGAGUGUUUGAAAAAUACAAAACAUGCAUGGAAUUCUAUGAGCGAUACAUCUUACUAUGUUGGCCCUAUUGUCCUAUUGACGCUUAUAUACCUGGAGCAUGUUUCCUGUGAUGCGGUUACGAUUGAUCGUGGAAGACCUGUUAUAUGUUUAUGGGAUGUGGAAACCAUGCACUUACGUGAGGAGUAUGAAAUCAGAAAUGGUGGAAUUGGUUCUGGUGAACUUCAGGAUCCUUACAUACCACAUGAUGACAAUGCUGAAAAUGUCAACUCGGCAAAUGGAUCAGUUGAGGAAUACCUUCCACCAUUGAAAGUAUGUUCAACAAGCUAGUUGAGGAUAAUCAUUUGUUGCACUCAAAACUUGUAGACGCAAUCGAAAGGCAUCCUUUGGUUUGUGAUUUCUACGAAUGGCAAGCGAAUAUCAGAAUUUUCCUUAUUGAAGAAUCCAUGAAAUACGGAGGUGGCAGUUCUACUCAUGCAGACAGUGUCGGACCUUUAUCCCAAUGGUGGUCAGACAACGCGGAACAAAUUAACAGGUCCUGUUUAAUGGUAGAAAAUUCUGUUAAAUCGUUCCACAAUUCACCCUUUCCAAGCUGGAGCAUCGGGAUGACACAGGAGUUUGCUGAUAUCAUUAGAAAAUCACCACUGAAAGAUAUCAUGAAAAAUCCAAAAGACCAAUUUCCAAGUCCUCUUCCAUUAUCAAUUGUUCCUAUUCACAGUGAUUACGGUGCUGUCCGUGCAAGAGAGUUAAGGCCAAGAAAUAAGCCCCCUAAACUACGUUCCCCGUUCAUUGUACGGGCAGUUGACAUAACUAAACGUAUAUCACGUGCUCAGAAGGACCUAUCUGAAUGGGUUUUCUCAACACAAGGUCAUCAAAGUGACGAACUUUUCCGGACUUGUGCUGGUGUAGCUGCUGAACGCUUUCACAUAGAAAGCUUUUUCCCCAAAUGUGAACUUUUUGGACACGUACUAGAUUGAUGGAGCCAUCUGUUAAAUUUCGAUGAAGACUUGCGUUCUAAUUUAUCUCCUCGCAUACUAUUCGCCACUACCACGUUGACGCUAUUCCUACCAGUCGUCUGUGGUUUUCAUAUUUUCCUUGUCGUACUCGACUUUCAACAAGCAGCCUUUUGGAUCAUUGACAACAUCAAAAGAGAUGACGACAACCAGCAGACAUAUGCAUUCAUACAUGACUCAAUACUUGCGGUCUGUUCACCAUCCAAACACUGAAGCAUUUUCACAUGUCCCAAGACAAAUCCCCCAACUACCUUGGUCAACAGUAAACAAUACCACAGUCUGUGGUAUUUUUACUAUGCGUCACAUGGAGACGUUCAUGGGUGGAAACAUUAGAGAUUUCCAAAACUGAAUUCAAGUCAGAGUCACUUGCACAGGACAACCAUUUAUCUAGACUACGGGUCAUCCAUCUUUGCAAAAUAUUAAAUUCAGACUACAACCUGCUGAAGGAUUCAAUCCUUCAUCAGGUAGCAGAAUUCCAAAAGCUGACUGCAUCUAAUCGAAAUCAACUAUUGAAGGAUGCUGCAACCAGGAUACAUGCCCGGCUGACCGAAUUUGGUUAAAAAAUGUUGGGUUAAUAAGACUUUUUUGUUUACCUUCUGGGAAGAAUAAUAUGCUACUUACUUUUAGUCUAUUAUGUAGAUGGCUCAAUGCAAGCAAACCUAUCACUAUUUUGUUUUUUGAUUAUGUACCUCCCUUUUGUCUUCAUAUUAUAUUAAAACAUCGUUUCUAAAUCUUACAUGAAUGUCUCUUGUG